UAAGGAUUUAAAAAUGAAGAUAAAGAAAGUCAAGAAUGAAAACUGUCAAUUUAUUUAUUGCAUGUUUUCUUCCAUCACUCAAGUAGUUUUCUGUCUUUAGCCUUCUUAAGUAAAACCCGACAAAUUAAUGAAAUAGCAUACACUGCAGGAUUUUUACAAAAGAAAUGAUUAAUACAACCGCUGCAGAGGGCCCCAUCUUGUUUGCCCGGGGCCCCCAAACUGCUAAGUCCGCCACUGGUAAAGGACACGUGUUUUUAUGUUUCUUGCAUCAGAAGCAAAUAAAUUGCAAAUUAAAGGUAAAGGGUUUAAAUUAAUUAUUUUUGGUGUUUUGACUCACUUUUCUUGUAAAUGUGACACACUUUUAGCAUUUCUGUAUUAUAUUACCAACUGUCCAUAUUUAUUUGAUUCAUUUUUUUAGCAAUUUGCAUCAGUUUAAUGCCGGACCAAACCUUUAUUUCAGUGAUUGUGAUUUUUUUAAUUAAAAAUCGCUAAAAAAAAAAAAAAAAAAAAAAAAAAAAGUUAAAUGUUGAAGGGAAAUUAUUUUUUUUAUUCUAAGAUUGAAGUGCCAUCUCCCCCUCAGUUCACUCCAGGCUACAACAUCUCUGUGUAAGCAGCAGAAUGUGACUGGACUUAAAGCGCAUUUUCACUUAUUAAUACGCCUGAAAAGGACUCCACAUCACAUAAUCAAAGGCGUUUAUUCUCUUUUGCAGCCCCUCUCGACCAAUUCGAGUCCGCCUGGCUGCAGGGAGGAAGAGGAGCAUACCAGCGCAUGCGGCUCCACUUUCUUUCCUGACAGAUCGGAGGAAUCCGGAGCCGCGCGGAGCCUGGAGCGCCUCUCCAACAAAUCCCUGACCUCGACCCUCUCUGAAGGAGUCAUCUAGGAAGAGAUGGCGAGGUUUGGUCUUUUAUCCUCCCUUCCAGUCCCCCCCAUCGCCUCCUCCGGCGCGCGCACGGGCUGCUGAUCACGGUAAUGUUCGCGUGGGAGUGUUUUAUUUCUGAGGACGGCGUCGGUUCAGCAGUCUGCGCUGCUCAAGCAACUCGGGCCAAGCAGUCGAUGGAUCAGCGCGUUUGCGCCCUCCUGCCUCCUCCGAGCACAUCUGUCUGAGACAUGGUCGCUGCUGCCGCCGGAGCCCGCCUCGGUUUCUGCGCAUUUGGAGCGUUUUUCCGGCGGAAUUUGGUGAGAUUAGAGCGCGUGCGUGAGGAGAAGUGGUCCUCUGGUAAACAAUAAGAAGAUUUUUUAAAUAUAUUUUUGCAAAAGGGGGCUUUUUUUCCUGGGAGACUUUAACUAAUAUCUGAGGAGAAUCAGGCCCAGUGUGUUGGUUUUAGUUGAACUUUAACUCCUCUUUGGGCGCAGUAUUUUUUAGGAACAUUGGAGCUUCCCUUUCUUUUCUUCUUUUUUUGGUUCCAUCUCCUUAUUCUAUUGGCUAUUCUCAUCAUUUUCAGACUGAGUUUGAAAGAUAAACCACCACCUCUGCUGUUGGGACCUUUACUCCAAGAAGUCACCACUGUUCUACAUGUGACCCAGAGAAUCCAUCUUAUCUCUGAAGGGUGUUGAUGGAGAGCCAUUCGAAUGACAGCCGGGACAGUGGUCAUCACCGGUGGAAUUCUCGCAACAGUGAUAUUACUCCUUAUCAUUGCAGUACUGUGCUACUGUAGGCUGCAGUAUUAUUGCUGUAAGAAGGAAGAGUCGGAGUCGGAGGAGGAGGAGCCAGACUUUGCAGUAACGUCGCGCCUCCCGCCGGUUCACUCCAAUCACAACAUUGUGGCGGCAACAGCCGCCGCUUCCUCCAUCCCAAAUGGCCCUGCCCUCUUCUCCACCCCUCCACUGGCUCGAAAACUGACACGCUCCCAGACCUUUUGCCCCACUUGCACACACUAUGAUCUGCCUUUCUACCUCCAGCCUCCUCAACCGCAGCUCCACCACCCGCCAGAUGGGCUGAGGAACGGAGGCGAGCGGAUCAGCUACCGCGGCAUCCAGCACCAGCAGAGUCUGGACCUGCCAGUGCCUGUAAACAUUUCCAACUACCGGAAACCAAACCUUGCACGGUCGGUUACCAUGAGGGAGAUGUUCCAACGCAGCUGCAGCAUCAGCACCGAUGUUUGACUGGUUGACAUUCAAAGCUUGGUCUUCGAAAGUUGAGAUGACCAAAGCUGGACUUUUUUGUGAUCUUUUUUCUGUCAUCCUGAAGAAUCUCAUUCUAACAGACACUAAUUGCAGAAUGGAGGGACUGUUUGCAAAAGGAACAUGCUUAGAUCUGUGAUCUUACACUCGGUCCAGCAUGAAGCUUAAUAAAAUCUUUAAAAAUCAAAAUGAUCAGAAUCAAAACCAUAUUUUUUCUUUGUCUUAAGCUCGUCUUUUUAGAAAAAUUUGUACAUUUUGUUUCAGCCUUGUAACACAAAUUUGGUCAAGCCCUGUACCCCGGAUUCUACAACCCCUGACCUCACUGUCAGGUCUCCUACACAGCUGCUACAACAAAAUAUGAUUGUGAGAAAGGAUCCUCUCUCUUCCAACAGCCUGAUGUGUUUAUUUCAAACACUCACGGAGGUCAUGAAACAUCCCUCACGACCCGUGCAGAGGAGAGCAUGCUUCUUUCACUGCCUCUCACAGAAAUAAUGCAUAGUUUUAACAUACGCCAUAAUAUUUUUAGACUAAAAGGGCUCAUAAUUAAUUAAAAAAUCCAUCCUAUUUUCCCAAUCAUUUCAUUAAGGGAGGAUCUUUGAGUGUCUGCAGACAAAACAAAGUGUACAUAUUAUAUUCUGAUCAAAGAGAUCAGGGUGUUUUUGCAGACAUAGAGGCCUGAAUUCUUAAUUUUUGUGCAAACAUGCCGUAUUUGACUGUACUGGAAUGCAUGUGUGUAUGAAUGUGCAUCUCAAUCCAAUUUUUUGCAGAAUUUCUGUUCAGUUAAACACAGUCCCAAUGAGUUUAUCUUACUUCUUUCAGUAUAAAAAAAAAGGCAGAGAUGAAUUCAGGCAGAUCAGAUAAAACCACUAUUUUGUAAAUGUUUAUUUACCUGAUUGAUAUGCAGGCUGCAGUCAAAGAUUAUAAAUUUAGAUAAUUUGUUUUUAACUCUUAGGUGUGAUCUUUGUUACAGUUUCUCACAGAGAUUUUUUUUCCUGGACUUUCACUGCUUUUGCUUGUGUUGUAUCGGAUAUGUGAUGUAUGAAAUUUUCUUUUGGAGGGGGGCUAAAGAUUCACUCUUAAAGGCACGUAUAAAUAUUUAACAGGCCAUAACGUACACUUCUGUUUCUCCCCUCCCUCUCAAACCAUUGGACUGAGAAAAAUGUGCUCUUUCUCUGAGGUACUCAAAGAGUUCCUGCUCAGAUUUGUUUUUAUUUUUUUCGCGCUCGGCUGACCGGCCGAGCUGGAGGGCUCAUUUUCUGACUGGAGGAGCAGUGGCUAGAUUUCAUGGGAGGAAUUACUGCUUGAUUUGAAAUGAGAGGACAUCGUUGGUGGUUGCAGAGACUUGCAGCUGAUUGGAUUGUCCUUUCUACACCCCCAUCCCCCUAUCCUUCCUCUCAGACAGAUGGUACUGUACAUGCUGUUGUGCCAUCUAUCUAUUUCUGGGGUUCUGUUUAUUCUACCAACAAUUAUUUAUUUAUUUGAAGAUGCGCCACGUUCUUCUUCUUCCUAAAACCUGCAAAAAUAAAAGAAGAAUGAAAGGCUACUUUCCACACAAUUUUGGAAAUACAAAAUGCAUCUUCCAGCAUCACAGCUCACUGCUUAGUCCAAAUGCUAACCCCAAAGUGAGGACAAAAAGUCAAAAGAUGGUCAGACAUCACCAAUCCAGACACCCUCCACGGCUCUGUUCAUAUUUGUGGAAUACAAACUGAUUGCACAGGAAUUGUAGUGCCAUAAUAAAAUAUAUUAUUAUCGAUAUUGCUAUUAUUAUUAUCAUGUGUAUAAAAAUAAGUAUUGCUUUUACAUCAAAGUUUUUUUUCCUGUUAUUUUAGGAUCCAGCUGUUUAGUUUUUCAGACAUGGUACCGUCCAGCUGACACGUUCCAGUCUUUGUUUCUAAUAUAUUACAAAUAGACACUUUGUUGCUAAUAAAAUGGUGUGAAAAUCA